ACAUUCGUUAUUGGAUUUUCAGACCUUGACUACCGACUUAUCGUGCACUUCUCUAUCGGGAGUUCUUCGAACAGGUCUAAAGCAGAUCUGACAAGCUGACAUCAAUACCCUCGGGACCUAACCAAUCAGCGCCGAGGACGGAGGACAAACCCUCUCCCAUUGGUGGAGAGACCAGAGAAACCCUCUCCCAUUGGUGGAGAGAAAGGCGAAACCCUCUCCCAUUGGUGGAAAGACAGGGCUGAGAUUCGUCCCACUUCAGAAGACGCCUAGGCGCCGAGGGACAAGAGAGAAAGAAGGCAGUGAGUUGUGUUGAGUGAAGAAACGACAGAGGACAAGCUAGCUGGCUAGCUAUCACGUGAUCAAGUCUACAGCGUCAUAUCUAUCACGUAACACAGUCUGCAGAGUUCUGUGCCCGCUAUGAUGACGUGGCGAGCCUCCCCACCCCGGCCCGGCCCCUCCCUGAUGGUCAGUCUUCUAUUGCUGGGGGUGGUCAUCUCGUGCCUGCUUCACACCUGCUCAGCGAGCAGCGUGAGCGACAUCUGCCGGCACGAGCAGCUCACCUCUCAGAGCGGCUACAUCAUGACGCCCAACUUCCCGUCCAACUUCCACCACCAGGGCCGCUGCACCACCACGGUGCUCGCCCAUCCCUCCCAGACCCUCCGCUUGCACAUCAUCGACAUGGACCUCCAGGACAGCUCCAGCGCCGACUGCGCCGACCUGCUCUACUUCAACGACAAGCUCCGCAGCAUCACGCUGUGCGGCCAGCGCAACAACAACAGCUACAACAUGCACUCCAACUACCUCCACAUCGAGCUGCAGUCCACGAGCAACGGACGGAGCAAAGGCUUCUGGCUCUACUACGAGGCCUUCCCGCCACUGCCCACGUCACUUCUGCCACCUGAUGUCAAGGAGGAAGGCCCAGCAGACGACCAGGAGGGCGGGAAAUCCCCGGUGGACGGGAUGCAGGGAGACGCCAGCGACGGUCAGCACCCGGAGUCGGAGACCACACAGAGGCCGUACAAACACCCCAAGAGUACUGUACCCUUGUACCGCAGCUCUGGACACAAGAGCAAGCCGCUUCCUUUUGCGGCCAUCGCCGGCGGAGUCAUCGGAACGUUGAGCCUGGUGCUUAUUGUGUUGUUGUUGCUGCUUCUCAUCAAGUGGUACCGCGAGCGACGCUACAACAAGGUGGAGAAGGUUCUGGAGAUCAGGAACCCCGCCUUCCGCAGCAGCACGGACUUCCACGAGGCUCACACACAGCACCAGCAGGCCUCAUUGCCCAACAACAACAGCGGAUACUACUGCUGAGUGGCGGCUACUAGAAGUACUGCUGAGCGGCUACUACUGUUGAGAGGCUACUGUUCAGCGGUUACUGCCAAGUGGCUCAGUUGAGUGGCUACAGAUAGACAACUUCUGUUCAGCGACUCAUGUUGAGCAGUUUCUGUUGAGCGGUUACAGUAAAACAGCUGCUGUCAAGCGGCAUCUGUUAAGCAGCUUCUGUUGAACAGCUACUGUUGUGAGGCUUCUGCAGUCUGCACUUUGUCCUCGGCGAUAAUCGCUCGCACUGGCGACGAGAGUCCAGAUCUCCUGGUGACUUCUGCGAUAUGAAAUGACACACAUCGGUGCUGGAUGGAGACGAGAUGGGCGAGAUUUCUGUGCCAGGAUAGUUAAGUGAUGCCUCGUGGGGACACCAGCAGCGUUGUUUGUUAUGAAAAUGCUGGCAGCGUGAUGACUUCGGGAGGAAUGGACACGCACUUAUGAGGAGUUUAGCUCACAGAGACACGAUACUGACGUGACUGUAGCUGACAGGAGUCAGUAAAGAUUGUCCAGAACUGUGUGAGUACUGUGAGGGAGUAUGGUACAACAGGGAGUAACAGGCAUAACGAAAACAAGUGUAGCAAGACGUUUUUCAGAGCAGUUGUUGUUGUUGUUGUUGUUGUUGUUGUGUGUUGUUUUUACUGUACGACACAAGCUCUACUACGCCGAGAAAAGUAGUUUCUUCUGAGAGACCAACGUCGCACUCGACGUGUGUUUUAAUUGGCUGUGUGUGGUUGUUAUAAUUCCACGACUGUGUUGGAAAAGACGUGUCACACAGCACAAUGAAAACGUUCCCUGUGCAUUAUUGUCAACCGGACAUUCAUCGCUACGCAAUGCCAUGACUGUUCUGACACAGAGGCAGACACUGCUCACUGGGAUUCACUUCGGAACUCCUCUAGUGACGUCAUUUUAUGUCAAACCAACGAAAGACACGGACAAACAGAUUCCGAUUGCGGGAUAUUCGACUGGUGUUUUGCCUGCACAAAUAGAGCACUGAGAAACGACUUUCAUAUGAAGUGACUUCUUAAGGAAGAAAGUACACAAGAUGCCAACCACAACUUACUGUUGUACGCUCGGCGGUGAUGUGGCGUUGUUCGCAUACAGAGUCCGGCUCUUCAUAAAUCUUUGGGACGGUCAACCAGUGACUGUUUGAUUCAUAUAUAAUCCAUCAACAUAGAUCUCAAACCCAGAAUCUUGGUCAUUGUGUGGACCUUUCACAACCAAUCUCACUGUGUUGUUAGUGCUAGAUGUUAGUAAGUAACCCUUCAGAAGGAGACUGGAGUAAGUAGAAGUAACAGAUGUAGACCUAUUUAACGAAGGAUCGUGACUGCUAGAGCUAGAGGUUUGUUCCCCGCUCCCCUGUUUCACACGCUAAUGUUAUAUUAUUCUUAUUAUACUUCUCUUAACGGUGCUGUUGUAUUUGUUGUUACUCAUCACAUGAUCUGUCCACUGCAAUAACCUCGUCUCAACCCUUACAUGUCGGGCUUUGUUCCAACAUGACUAACUUGUUCAUUCUACUGACGCACCUAUAUAUAUAAUAAAUAUUCUAGAACUUAUGUGGCAAAGCACACGGAUACAUAUACAUGUAUAUGUGACUAUUUUAAGAAGAAAUAAUUCAUGCGACAAAGCGCAUAUGUAUACAUGUAUGAACAUCAGCAAUGCAUAAAACGUCAUAUAUAAUAUGUGCAUUUUUUGGGGUGGUCGCAGCCGUGUUGUUAUUGAAGUUACUGGCGUCUUCGUAAGUGGUCCAUUGCUAGUAUGAUAGAGUCAUUUUUGCUUCUGAAACCUUUUUUCCUUUUCCCGUGAAACGCACACACAGAGGAAUAUUUAUUGAUUUCGUGAAAUCAAACGCCCCCCCCCCCCUUUUCAUGAGUAACAUAUUUCUCUCUUUUAACACAGAAAUAGUCUACAUUAAUAGUGUGCUUGUCGUUGUUUUGAUUUCUAUAAAAGUUCACUUUGGGUUUGUUAUAUUUGUUUAAUUUUUUCGCUUUUGGAGACCCACGCCGUUAUUAUAAUUGAUGUGAAAAGCGUCUUGUGGUCAGUCAAAGAGACCACAGUGUAAUGUCUACUUACCACUUAAUAGUACAACACCCGAGCUUCCAGGAGUAACGGAGCUACACGGCAGCCUGUCAACAUUCCCUCGACAAACACCCACUCGCUCCCAACACACACUCGCUCCCAACACACACUCGCUCCAAACACACACUCGCUCCAAACACACACUCGCUCCCAACACUAAGCUUUCAAAACGAUUUAAAACAUCAACAAAUAACCUUAAUAAAAGAAUUCCCGGCUUAGCGAAAACACAGACACACAUAUACAUGCACACACACACACACACACACACACACACACACACACACACA